GAGCCGCCUAUACAAAUAACAUUCCACCAGGGCUACAACCCGGACCCAACAUGAGUAUUGCAUUCGAUCAUUAAUAAUACAAAAACAUUUGCCUGCUAUACAAUCGCACCGCAGACAAAUGAUAUUUGUCGCUGUUCAUGGUUUUGUGGUUUUUCCUCUUCCUGAUCUGGUCGCCGAAAAAGAUAUGACUGUCAUGCCAUGGAGUUGGUAUCAUGAAACCCCCCAGAGGGAAGAGACUCGACGGAAAUUGCUAGCAAGGGAAUAUAACCAAAUUACAGAAAAUGACGAUCUUACAGGAGUUUAAAUUUGCUCGGAACUUAUUAGGACAGAAUUAUUGUAGGUGGUUUUCUACCUCAAAGAGAUACAGACAAGGAGACAGUGACAAAGAGGAACCUAGUGUAGAGGACAUUCAGAAGAUUGUACUCAACACUGCUCUAGAGUUUGUACCUAUCCAUGGCUGGACAGUCCAGUCCCUCUCUGAGGCUGCUAAGCAUGAAGGCUACCCUGGAGUAGCCCAUGGGAUGUUCCCUAGAGGUGGGGGUGAUCUUAUGCAUCACUUUGUGAAGGAGUGUAACUCACAGUUGGCUGAGCAACUGGCUUUGGAUACCAGCAAAGAAGUGGAGGAAGGAGAGAGGAAGAAAACAUGUGCUGUUAUCCGUGAUGCCUUACAGACUCGUCUAAGAAUGAUCAUCCCCUAUCAUGCACAGUGGCCUGAAGCUAUGGUUCUUACCGCUAGACCUGAGAAUGUAGCAGAACACUUCAACAAUCUAGCAAACCUUAUGGACACUAUCUGGUACCAUGCUGGAGAUAAAUCAGCACAUUUCAACUGGUACACCAAGCGAAUAUCCCUAGCAGCGGUGUAUAAGAGUUCAGAACUGUGCUUCAUUCAGGAUAAGUCUCCAGAUUUUGAAGAAACCUGGACAUUUUUAGACAACAGGCUUACAGACUUUACUAGAUUCGCCAAGCUCAGAGGAGAUGUACAAUCGUUUGACACGGUGAGGUAUCGCUUGGUGGCUUUUUAA